GAUUAAAACAAAAUAUUCACUUCCUGCCCUGACCGACCUAUGCACGCAAGGUAGGUCUCACUGUAUUAUUGGAUAUCGUGUUUCAUCUACUGGUAUCUAUCUAUCUGUCUCUCUAUCUCUCUAUCUUCAUCUCUAUCUCCAUCUUCAUCUCUAUCGACUUAAUCUCUUUAUCGCUCCAAUCUCUCCAUCUCUUUUUCAACCUCUUCAACCUUCCAAAGUACCUGUCUUUCAUUCUUUGCAGCCUAUCUUUAUACUCUGAAUGGUAGUGCUCGUUUCUCAACAAUUAUUUCAGCGUUCAAAUUCUGGAUAACAGUGCUCAUUAUAUCAGGGGCACGGUGAAGAUGACGAAACGUUUAUUGACUUUGACUGGUCUUCUCACAUCUCUCGCAGCAGGCACACAGCCUUCUGCCCCGCCUGCUAUACAGGCACCUAUGCGACCAUUGCAAUGGGGUCAACUUAAUUUUUUACAAACCACAGAUACUCAUGGAUGGCAUGCGGGUCACCUACAAGAGUAUGUUAAAUUGCAUACUGGCAGGAAUAAGGGCGGCUGACUAAGUUCUUAGGGCACAAUAUUCCGCGGAUUGGGGUGACUACAUAUCAUUCGCAGAGCAGAUGAAGAAGCAAGCAGAUGAUAAAGGAGUUGAUCUUUUACUUGUCGACACUGGUGAUCGAAUAGAGGGAAAUGGAUUAUACGAUGCAUCGGAUCCCAAAGGACUUUACACAUAUGACAUAUUCAGGGAACAAAAUAUUGACAUAAUCUGUACUGGGAAUCAUGAGUUAUACAAGGUAGACGCGGCAGCACGAGAAUACGAUCAAACAGUGCCAAACUUCAAAGGGAAUUACCUCGCUUCAAAUCUUGACUAUAUCGAUCCGAAGACGGGAAACCAAGUUCCGAUGGCGAGACGAUAUCGCAAGUUCACAACAAAGAAUCAGGGCAUCAAAGUGGUCGCAUUUGGAUUUCUCUUCAAUUUUAACGGAAAUGCAGACAAUACUGUUGUGCAAGAGGUUGAAAAGACUAUCAAGGAAGAAUGGUUUCAACAAGCAAUUCGAGAAGAUGCUGAUUUGUUUGUGGUUAUUGGGCAUGUAACGCUAGAUGGUCCAGAAUACAAGGCUAUUUACAAGGCAUUAAGGGAGCAAAAUUGGGAUACUCCAAUUCAAUUUUUUGGUGGCCAUAGCCAUAUUCGAAGCUUCGCCAAAUACGAUUCUAAGGCAUAUGGAAUACAGAGUGGUCGAUAUAUGGAGACGGUUGGCUGGAUGUCAAUCGAAGGUAUCAAAAAGAACGCAAAAGAAAAGAUCCCAGGAAAAGAAGUUAUUCCUGAUGCACAAGGAGUCGAUGCUAAGAAACAUGCAAGAAUGUCUUUCCAAAGAAGAUACAUUGACAACAACCUCUUUGGCUAUCAUUUUCAUACUGGGUUAAACGAUACAACAUUUCCCACGGAGCAUGGCAAGAACGUUUCUACCUCUAUCGCUAAAGCUCGAAAGGCCCUAAACCUCGACCAUAAUUUUGGAUGUGCCCCAAAAGAUCUCUGGAUGAGCAGAGCAAAAUAUCCCGGUAAAGAUAGUCUCUUCUCAUGGCUUGGCGACGAGGUAAUGCCAGACAUUGUGACCCAUCCCGAUCGCCAAAACGUUCCAACAAUAGCCAUAACCAAUACCGGCGCCAUGAGAUUUGACAUCUUCAAAGGUGCCUUUACAAGAGACACGACCUUCAUCAUCUCUCCAUUCGUCAGCAAGUUUCAAUUCAUUAAAGAUGUGCCACUCGCGGCUGCUGAAAAUGUUCUCACAUUACUUAACAGCGGCGGCAACAUUUUCUCGUCUUCGAAUCUAAAUCUCAACAAUCUCGCACCACCGGAGCAUCUGUCCUAUAAAACCGAUAUCCUAGUUCCCUUGAUACCCAUUUCCGAACUCUCACCAAUAUCUCACGCUCAAUCUCCUCUUCUUUCAUCCUCAUCAAUCCACAAACCCGACCUUAUCCCUGGCUAUACCACCAAGGACGAUGGCGGCUCUGAUGGGGACGACACGAUUCAUGCACCCAUCACUUUCCACCGUGUACCUAAUUGUAUCGAAUCCCGCAUUGAUUUUCCUUCCGCGGACUCGAAUCCUGCCACUGUAGAUUUAGUCUUUAUAGAUUUUAUAAAACCAUGGGUCCUUGUUGCAUUGCGCUAUUCCGGGGCGGAUUAUACGAACGAGGAUGUGACCGGUUAUAGAAAUGAGACGUUGACGGAUUUAAUGGCUGGAUGGAUCAAGGAGCAUUGGGGUCAGGAUUGUUGAAUGACAUGCUAUAAAGAUUCACUGGAGUUAGCUUGCAUUGGUACAGGAUUGAUUACUAUUAGGAUAAAUACAUAGUUCUCCGAUGGCGGCGUCCUUGCUAUAUAUAUACUCUCGUUAUUGUAAUACGAUUUCAUGAAACAUCUGCCUAUGAUUAUAUACAUCACACGUGGGAUCCUACAUUCCUUAAUCUGACAGCGCCAUCAGUAGGAGUAGACAACACGUGAUUGUUGUCGAGGUCAAUAUAAGCGGCUUCUCCAAUCCUUGAAACGAAGCCAACGGCUGAUUAUAGCUUGACAUGCUCAGGCUGAAAGGCAUAGAUUAUCCUCAGCAUGCAUUCCCCAUUAGUCCGAAGACAUGACUUGUCGGGUGAAGUUUUAGAAGGGCUGGCAGGAUUGGGG